AUGGCAAAAUUAACCCCAAAAGCCCUCAAUAAAAAACCACUAAAUCCAUUGUUGUCAACACCAAUUUUUGUCUAUCUAGCUCUCAUCCUCUCUCUCCUACUUAUCCUCUUUCUCUCCCAACAACACCUCUCUCAAUUCUCCUUCCCUUUCUCCUCCCCCGACGCCAACGACCUCACCCUCUUCCGCCGCGCCACCACCCACACCACCACCCACAUUUUCACCCUCAUAAAACCCAAACCCAAAAUCGCUUUCCUCUUCCUCACCAACUCUAACCUCACCUUCGCUCCUUUAUGGGAAAAAUUCUUCGUUGGAAACAACCACCUCUUCAACAUCUACGUCCAUGCAGAUCCCACCACCUAUGUCGCCUCCCCCGGCGGUGUCUUCCAAAACCGUUUCAUCCCUUCCAAACCCACCAAACGUUACUCUCCAUCACUCAUCGCUGCUGCCCGCCGUCUCCUAGCAUCUGCCCUCUUAGAUGACCCACUGAACCAAUACUUUGCACUUAUCUCCCAACGUUGUAUUCCACUCUUCUCAUUUCAAUUCAUUUAUAACUACCUUUUUAAAAAUCAACUAAAAUCAUUUGCAAAUUCGUCUGAAUUUAACCUACUGUACCCUAGCUAUAUUGAGAUUCUCUCAGAGGCAGAAAAUCUCAAUAUACGGUAUAAUGCUCGUGGAGAGAAUGUAAUGAUGCCGGAGGUUCCAUUUGAGGAUUUUCGGGUUGGUUCACAAUUUUUUAUCUUGAACCGGAAACAUACAAAGGUUGUGUUGAGAGAUCAAAAGCUAUGGAACAAGUUUCAGAUUCCAUGUACAAAUAAGUAUUAUUGUUAUCCAGAGGAGCAUUAUUUUUCGACUCUUCUAUCAAUGGAGGAUUUGAAGGGGUGUACUGGUUUUACACUGACUAGAGUUAAUUGGACCGGUGCUGUCUAUGGUCAUCCACAUCUUUAUACUCCAGCAGAGGUGUCGCCGGAGCUUUUUCGUCAGCUGAGGGUCUCCAAUUGGAGUUAUUCAUAUCUAUUCGCUAGGAAAUUCUCGCCGGAAUGUCUUGCUCCGUUGAUGAAUAUUGCCGAUGAUGUCAUUUUUCGGGAUUGAUAAAAGAAAGGGAAGACUAUAUUUUGUAUCCAUUAAAUAAAUAAAU